AUGUUUUGUCGUUUUCGGCUUCUUGGAUCAACUGCUACUAAAACUGAGCAGUUAACACUGAAGCAGUCUAGAGGGACCAAUGCUAGGAUAAACAACCGCCUUGAGACAAUUCCCCUAACUCACCCACCCCUCCCUGGUCACCAGUUGUUAAGGUAAGCCAAUUUAAGGGCUGGUCACUGAGUGAGUGAGUUAACGCAACAGGACGACAGAAAGAAGAAGACGGCAAAGCACUUGUGUGGCAAACGUGACAGGGCUAUUACUUGCGUGUUUCGUCGUGAUCAUCAGAGAACAUUCAUGUUUUCUGGUCUUUUACAAAAAGAUGUACUUAAAAGAAGGUGAAGUUUGACGGAAAGUUUUUUUCAAACAUAAUUAUUAUCACGCUUGUCACACAGUGUUUGCCGUUCUCUUUCCUCUCAAGUCUUCCUGUUGCGUGAGUUCACUACUUGCUAGGGACGGCGACAGUGAAGGCGGUGGCAUGCAACAAUGUAAUGAAGCGUCAUUUUGAACAGAAUCGCGAUUAUCCUCAUUCGUUUAAUUCUUAGAUACCGUAAUCAGAUUCAGAAAGAGAGAAAACCUUUCAUUGUUAUGUGUUGAGUCGCAUAAGCAAAUUUUCGUCGUAAUAGAGGGGUGAAAGCCUGCUAGCAGUCCGUCUCUGGGGAGAGGGAGGGUUGGGGGAGGGGGGGGGGGGGGUUCUCUGAAUUUCCUAGCUUGCUUGCUUAUUUUACCAAUUUCUCUUUAGACAUUCUCAAUUCUGUCGCCGUCGAGGUUUCUAAAUGUGAUGUUACACAGGACGAAUCGCAAUGACGGUUUUCAGCGUAACACAGCGUUUCAACAUUGUUAUGGAUAGUUACAAGAUUGUUUCAAUAUUGCAAUACUGAGUUGCGAAAAGAUUGUCGUUGCAAAUUGUCCCUUGUCUAUAAAAUCAAUUAUUGAAGUACUCCAACGACUAUUGUGUACAAUUGACCUAACCUGGUUGUAUUCGUUCUUGUUGUAUUACCAGACCUCAAGUUCAAGACGCUCGUCCCUCUCCAGUCUCCCCCAACCCCUAUUGAACGCGGUUCGUCCGAAGCAGGAAAGUCUGGAACCAUUCCCAGUGACGUGGGCCCAGAAAGUAGCCUUAAAUUGUUCUCCGAGUCCUACGAAGAGGCCUUCAGAAAGUCGGCAAAGAGUGGUUUCUUCUUCUAGUGCCUAUAGUUUGCAAAGCCGGCUAAACAACAAUCCUUGGUGUGAGUCAGCUGGCUUGCAGUCUGAGAGAGGUUUGUAUUUUAAACUAGUAAGCACGCCGACGUUACUAUCAAAUAAUUCUGUGGUCGUACGCAGUCCCUUUGGCCAUGUAACAAUUUUUUUCUUAACCAAUCUUGUUCUGUCCAGAUGGCUUGAUGUUGGCCUCGUUUUUUUUUUUUUUUUCGUCCUUAUUGACCCUCACGCUUGGUGAAUAUCUCGUAUUUUACCUUUGGCGCCAUUUGAACGGUUAACACAGGUUGACUUCUUAACUCAGGUUUGAUCAGCCCAAGGAGCGGAUUUUCGUUUUAUUCGUUAGUUUUGAAGAUCUAUGCGUAUACAAUACUACCCGUCUGAUUCGUCAGAUGACAACGAUUUCAAUUUUUCGUUUUUAUUUACAGGCCAUUCUCCUAAUUGGGAUGCAAGUUGGAUCUCAGACAGUAAUACUAAACCUCGCUCGACUUCUUCUCCACCUGCAUUUCCACAAGGAACUGGGCAAGGGUCAAGAAUAAACCAGGAGCAUCGGCAAGCACGAGGGAGGGGAGGCAGAGGCAGAAAUUCCCGAGGGGGACGCGGUUGGGAUCAGGGUUAUCGACGAGGUGUCAGCGGCUCGAAGUAUGCGGCAAGGAGCGCGCACUUUCAAGACACUAAAAGGACAAAUGAGUGUACGAUUGCUAGUGAAGGAGGUUUGCGGAACACUUCAAGAAAAAGCAGUGACUCUUCCAGCAAACGCUUUGAACGGAACGGUAAAACUCACACUCGGGAAAGUGGAGCUACUAGUAGAGAUACAAAUAGUUCUGAUAGUUCCAUGCGUAGCGAAAGAGGAGAAAGCAGCAUUGGAAGUGUAAAUAGUAACGGCAGCGGUGCU